UUUUUGGUUCAGAUAAUAAUAUAAAUAUUAUUUAUCGCUCUAGAACUCUCCCAAAAUGAAACAAUAUAAGAUACGGUUGAAAUCUCUUUUUCGCCCUUAUAUUUUCCGCGAGAGUGUGAGAGCUAGCGCGACACGUGGAGCGUCGUUGCCACGGAAUUCAAAGAUUUGGGGCUCCGACUUUGACCCGCGAGCCGUGUCCAAUUUCCAUUUUUCGACUGCGCCGACCCGACCCGACCCGGCGCGAACGCAGACCGGAAAAUAUCUGAAGGUUUGUUCAUUCAUGUACAGAAACAUGAAUUUCCAGUCUCCAGUUCUUCUCUGAGCUCCCAACUGUUUCUGCAGAUUCCGCUGCCAUAUAUUCACACACAAUAUUGUAUCUAUAGAAAGAGAAAUUUAUUCAAAGCUUGAUACUCGCGAUUAUGGAUUCCCUGUCAUCGGUAUCACCGUCUAUCGUGCUCCCGCUCCGCCGCCACCACCACUACCACCGCCGGCGGCCGAGGUGUGCGUCGUUUACAUGCAGAAAAUCCGUUGGCGGAUUUGGAAUGUCCUUUGAUUUCCGUGGAAGGAACCAGAACGCGCGAGUUUGCUCCAAAUUGGGCGGGGAAGGUGAACAGGAGGGAGAAAAUCAACGGCGAGAUGAGGAGUUGGAGAGAGCGCUGCGGAUGGACGGCACGAUCCCUGGAUCUUCCGAUGAGUUCGUGAAGCAGGUGUCGUCACGCGCUUAUGAUAUGCGUCGGCAUCUCCAGCAGAGUUUUGAUAGCAGUAGCUACGAUGUAUUGGAGGCAAACCCUUGGCGAGAGACUUCAAAAUCUGUCUAUGUGCUGACUCACCAAGAAAACCAACUAUGUACAAUGAAAACUCGUAGAAAUCGAAGUGAAGUUGAGAAAGAGCUUGGACUUCUGUUUUCUAAAGGAGGGAAGCAGAGAAAUCAGUCGAAGCAGCCAGGAGCCAGUACCAAAUUUCAGAUGCUCGUUGAGGAUGUCCGAGAGGGUGUACUGGUAUUUGAAGAUCAAAAUGAAGCUGCAAGGUAUUGUGAUUUGCUUCAAGGAGGAGGGCAAGAUUGCGAAGGUGUUGCAGAGAUAGAAGCCUCAUCAGUGUUUGAUCUUUGCCAAAAGAACAGGGCUCUUGCUGUCUUGUUCCGUCGGGGUAGGACGCCACCUAUGCCGGAAAGCCUUAAGCUUAACCUCGGGGCGCGUAAACACUCUCUCGAAGAUGAAGAAGACUUGGCUUGAAGGCACUGGAAAUGGGUACAUACAUGCUAUACAUACACACUUACAGUUCUAUAAUUUACUGUGAAGCUAAGAUUGACAGGAUUAAUUUCGAUAUGUAUAUUGAUUAUACUGUAUAUAGUGGAAAUGUUACAUCCAAAUUGGAAUGGAACUUUGAUUUUAUCUGAUUAA